GAUAGAAGAAGAUGCACAAGCAAGUAUUGUUGUAUGUUCAUGUUGAUUUUGUCAAUCCAUCUAAAGUCCUGAUUGAGGAAAGUUCUUUAGUUCAACACUUAUAUCAUCCUACAAUUGAAGAAAGAAAAGAAGGUGGUAUAUAAUGAGGAACAACUGCAAGUGUAACAACUGAAGUUUACUGGCAUACUAUUACAAAAAUGCAGUGUGUUAAAGAAGAGUUUAAAGAGGAGAGUGAAGACAUCAGUAUUACAGAAUCAUGCAGAAUUAAACAUGAAGAUACUGAGGAACAAAGAGAAUUCAACUACCUGCUGCAGUCUCUCCCUGUAGAUGUCCCCCUCUCUUAUUUCAAACAAUUUGAUAGCAUGGCAAAGUCCUUCAUAUGGAAUGACUUGAUACAAGUGAAAGAGGAAAGUCAAGAAAUGAAUGACGUGGAGGAGAAACAUCAGCAUCAUAAACUCAAUAAUAUGACUGGUGAAGAAGAUUUUAGUGGCUCAAAGACUGAAAAUAAUUUUUCACAAAAAAGAACUCGAAGAACAAGAGCCAAAAAUUCCUUCACCUGCUCUCAGUGUGGAAAGAGUUUCACACAAAAAGGAAACCUUAAAACUCACUUAAGGCUUCACUCUGGAGAGAAGCCUUUCACCUGCCUUCAGUGUGGAAAGAUUUUUGCAAAUAAAGGAGAUCUUAAGCGUCACAUGAGAAUUCACACCGGAGAAAAGCCUUUCACGUGCUCUCACUGUGGAAAGAGUUUCUCAGAGACAACAAGCCUUCAGAGUCACCUGCGACUUCACUCUGGAGAGAAGCCUUUCACAUGCCUUCAAUGUGGAAAGAGUUUUACACAGAGAGGACAUCUUUAUGUUCACAUGAAAAUCCACACUGGAGAGAAACCUUUUACAUGCCUUCAGUGUGGAAAGAUUUUUGCAAAUAAAGGAGAUCUUAAGCGUCACAUGAGAAUCCACACUGGAGAAAAGCCUUUCACCUGCUCUCACUGUGGAAAGAGUUUCUCAGUGACAUCAAGCCUUCAGAGUCACCUGCGACUUCAUUCUGGAGAGAAGCCUUUCACAUGCCCUCAAUGUGGAAAGAGUUUUGCACAGAAAGGAAGUCUUCAACGUCACAUGAGAAUUCACACUGGAGAAAAGCCUUUUGCAUGCCUUCAAUGUGGAAAGAGUUUCACACAAGCAGGGAAUCUCAAACUUCAUCUGCACUUUCAUUCUGGAUUAAAGCCAUUUAACUGUGAACGGUGUGGCAAAAAAUUUCUGCUGGAAUCACAGCUAAAGGUACACCUGAUUACUCAUGCAAAUGAAAAGCCUUACGUAUGUUCUUUUUGUGGAAAGAGUUUCGCUCGCUCGGGAAACCUGAAAAUCCAUGAGAGAGUGCAUACAGGAGAGAAGCCAUUCAAAUGCACUUCAUGUGAGAAGAGUUUCAGCACAUCAAGUAAUCUACUGACUCAUUUAAAAAAACAUUCUCCAAAACUGUCAUAAUGAGCAAAUUAAAUUUUAGGGCCAACUCUUAUUUAAUGCAACACUUCAUUCUUAACUAAGUCAGUCAACUUCAGUCAGUGUAUUACAUCUGGGCCCAUGUUUACAAAGAUUUUUAUCUUACUACUAGGAGUUCUCCAAAGAGUUACUAGCUAGGAGUUUUUGCUUAAAACCUAGCUUUCACAAAACUGCUAAGAGCAAUUUUUAUUAAGAAAAUCUUAAGAGUAUGGCGGAGUUGACCUCGCUGCUAUUGAUGACGUCACGUUUUAUGUGCAUGCUCUUUUAAAUCACCCCAAAUGAUUGGUAGACUGGCAUGCACUAUUUGUCAGCACAGACAGAUAGACUUUUAUAUAUUGUUUCGCUUGAUGAACACUUAAUCCUGUCUUGAUGUAAUGAAACAAGUGUGCAUCCCAUCUUCUACUGUAUCAAGGGAGCCCCAUGAUGGCUGUGAAUGCCACCUUAUUUCUCUGCAUCGAGUAAGCUUUGGCAGAAAAACAUAUGUUAUGAAUUGUCAGAUGAUGUACGGUCUGGAGUGGGCAUUUAUAGUUUGAUAGGUAAUUCUGCUGACCGAUGACAGAAACUCCCAAUUCAUUCAUGCUGCAGUUUCAGUUUGCCCUUGGCCAGGGAGUGCAGGAUUGUAAAAAACCUUUAUCUCCGUUGUAAUUGGAUUGUUUCAGUUUCAACUGAGUUUACAAUAACGAAAACAACCUCAUGAUUCAGGCGAUAACUUUUUAAAAAAGUCAAUGUCAUAAUAAUAUUCUAAACAUUGUUUUUAAUGUAGAUUGAUGACAGCAGGCAUGCUUUGGAUCAUAUGUGAGUCACUCUUAGAGAUUUAGGAGUCCUCAGGACAACUUCUAAGCUGUCGUGGGUUUAGGAGCGACUUUUAGCAUUUAAAAUGCUUCAUAAAUUCCUCUUAGAUUAAAAUUUUACGAGUCCUAAAAUUAGAAGUGACGCACCCUUAAUUUUUAAGAUUUGCUCCUAAAUUUCCAUGCAGCUUACUUUAACCUUAAGAUUAUUUGUGAAUACGAGCCCAGACGCUGUAAAUUGAAAGUCCACAAAGGUUAGGGACAGAAAAAUGUGGAAAAGCAAAUUCAUCCAUAUACACUGAGGGCCAAAAGUUUGGAAUAAUAUAUUGAUGUUGCUGUUUCGGAAGGAAAUUGGUACUUUAAUUCACCAAAGUAUCAUUCAACUGAUCACAAAGUAUAGUCAGGACAUUACUGAUGUAAAAAAACAGCACCAUCACUAUUUGAAAAAAGUCAUUUUUGAUCAAAUCUAGACAGGCCCCAUUUCCAGCAGCCAUCACUCCAACACCUUAUCCUUGAGUAAUCAUGAUAAAUUGCUAAUUUGGUCCUAGAAAAUCACUUGCCAUUAUAUCAAACACAGUUGAAAGCUAUUUGGUUUGUUAAAUGAAGUUUAACAUUGUCUUUGUGUUUGUUUUUGAGUUGCCACAGUAUGCAAUAGACUGGCAUGUCUUAAGGUCAAUAUUAAUUCAAAAAUGGCAAAAAAGAAACAGCUUUCUCUAGAAACUCGUCAGUCAAUCAUUAUUUUGAGGAAUGAAGGCUAUACAAUGCUUGAAAUUGCCAAAAAACUGAAGAUUUCAUACAAAGGUGUACACUACAGUCUUCAAAGACAAAGGACAACUGACUCUAACAAGGACAGAAAGAGAUGUGGAAGGCCAGAUGUACAAAUAAACAAGAGGCUAAGUACAUCAGAGUCUCUAGUUUGAGAAAUAGACGCCUCACAUGUCCUCAGCUGACAGCUUCAUUGAAUUCUACACGCUCAACACCAGUUUCAUGUACAACAGUAAAGAGAAGACUCAGGGGAAGAAUUGCAAAGAAAAAAACAGGAAAAAAAAGAGAAAAGGUUAGAGUGGGCAAAGAAACACAGACAUUGGACAACAGAUAAUUGGAAAAGAGUGUUAUGGAUCUUAACCCCAUUGAGCUUUUGUGUGAUCAGCUAGAUUGUAAGGUGUGUGAGAAGUGCCCGACAAGACAGCCACAUCUAUGGCAAGUACUACAGGAAGCGUGGGGUGAAAUGUCACCUGAGUAUCUGGACAAACUGACAGCUAGAAUAACAAGGAUCUGUAAAGCUGUCAUUGCUGCAUGUGGACGAUUGUUUUGAUGAGAACACUUUGAAGUAGUUUAAGAAGUUCUGAUUUAUUUUUUUUUUUGAAAUUGUAAUAGUAAUUUUUCACUUUAUUAAUGUCCUGACUAUACAUUGUGAUCAGUUGAAUGCCACUUUGGUGAAUAAAAAUACCAAUUUCUUUCCAUAAGAGCAAAACCUGUACAUUAUUCAAAAUUUUUGGCCCUCAGUGUAAAUGAUCAUAAUCUUGUUUUUUUCCUUAGAAAUCCUAUAUUUUUUGUGCAUUAUCACAUUGAGAAUCAGUGGGUUCAACCAAAAGCAGAAAAAUUUGCUUUUUAUGGAGUUCAGGUGAAAAUGAGGUGCAUUUCAAAUUGUUCAAGUGCAGGCAGAAAGCACACUGGAGGUUAAGUCAUCCACUAAAUAGGGAGCAAUAGAGCAUCAUAUAGCUUUCCUAUGCAGCUAAGUGCAUUCACUGCAAACAUCUGGUAAAGUUCAGUUUCAGGCUGCAGCUGAUGUUUGGACCACUCAACAUCUUUGGCAUGGGAUAAUGGUAAUCAGUUCAUAGAUCCACAAUUUAUAUAUAGUAUAUAGUUUUAUUUUAACAUGGUUGGCAAUGAUUGGAUGAUGCUGGCCAUUACUUUGAAUCAUAAUUAAGGUAAUUUCUGAGUGUACAAAAUACUUUGUAUUGUAAAAUGCUUUGCAACAUAUUUUCAAGUCAUUUUUAUUUGUUUAUUUUUUAUUUAUUUGUGCUUUUCCUAAUACACAUUGUUCCUAAGCAGCUUUACAGAAAAUCAGCUGGAAAGUCUCUAACAUCUCAUAAACAUGAAUUACCAACACUUCUGGAAACAUAAUAAACAAUUUGAUUAAAACAAAUCUCAGAAGGUUAAAUGUUGAAUUGGGCUUCUACAAGCAUUGUAUGGUAAAACUUUAUAGUUUUAUGUACUUAAAUCUUUUUAAAUUUAAGUAUGCUUUUUGUUUAGGACACUCUCACUCCUAAACUGAUGCAGUUCCUUCAUUAUUGCUGGUGAAGACUGCUUUAUAAUCCUCGUUUCAUUAAGACUUAUAAGCACGCUAUUUUUAUUAAUCCAUGGUGACUUGUGGAUUCUGAGCUCUCCUGAGAAUGCCUUUGAGUUUACCAUAAACAAAUAUAAGCUGAGUUUCAAACUCAGGGUUGAGUGAACUAACUCCAAACUGGCAAUCUGGUACCAGUAACCAUGAGUGAGCAAUGUGUGGUACAAUCAAGUUGAGUUCAGGGUUUAUGUCAGAGUUGAUUAACUCUGCUUUCUGGAAUAGCCUACAGAUCUUUUAAUUAUGGCCAGAAGACAACUGUACAACAGAAUAUCCCAGAUGAUCAGUUAUCCGCAGUUCUUAUUGAACCAAACAAAUUCUUAUUUCUUAGUUAGGUUAGUCUUAUUAAAAAAAACACAAAAAAAACCAUACCUGUUUCUGUAUAUCUCGGCACAACCCAUUCUAUGCAAAUAAGGGGCAUCCACCUGUUCUCUAACCCCCAGUUAUCUUUGUCCUGUCUCCCUCUGGUGUCACAGUUUGACAGUGACUUUAGAAAGAUGAGUAAUAUACACAUUAUUUGAGCUCACAUUCUAUAAUAUUUUAUUUGUUAUAAUUAUGUACAGUUGAUUAUUUUUCUCACCCACAUUUUUUGAGAAGGCCUCCUCCUCCCUUGUCUCCUCAGAGAAAAUGCCACUUUCCCCACACCUAGGGUAUCCUAGUCGGUAAAGACGUCCAGUUCGUGAAUGAAUCCUUCGUGAAAAGCAACAAACGCAGAAUCGAACCCGGGUCAACACACCAGCGUUACACCCCACGCCACUGCAUCGACACUUACAAAACGCUGUUUGCAGGUACUAUUUACACCUGGAUGCAAAUAGUCACUCCAAAAAAUAAUCAGGGACUAUGUUUACAUGAACACCAGUAAGCAGCUUAUAGCGAGAAAGCGGGUUAUAUCGUACACUGUUUAAGCGGCGAACUCGUACUCCCGUAUACAUGCGGCUUUGUCAGUAAGCGGCUUUCUCCGAAGCAGUGUAAUUUCCCCACAACGCUUUUGUAAAUAACAAACAUGACACUCGAGGAAGACUUUAUUUUAUUCUCCGUUGCUUAACUUUGUGAAGAUUUUAAGAAUUAGAAUUGCUGUAUUUUUUUCCUUAACAUUCUAUUGCGACCUGUGGUGGAAUUGCACUAUAAUAGUUACCUUCAACGUAAAACUCUGGCACUCCCCCAAUGUAUGAGCGCAUAAACGUGAGCGUGAGGGACAGUCGAUAUGUUACAUUGCCGUUUCUAAAUGGAUGUAGUUUAUAGUGUAUGUGUUUUUACCACUGUACUCCCAAAACCGUUGAAUUGUUUCCGCUGUGUUGACAUGUUGGGCUCCAUCCUAUGAUGUUUAUUAUCUCGGUUUGCUCCAUGCACAUGCACACUCUUCAAAAAUCUGUAAGAUGCAGCUGAUGUGUUUACAUGACCACAUAAGCUGCGUUCUCUGGUAGAAACCUGGAUGUGUUAAAGCGCUUUUCUCUUCACUUCCACUCUCUGUUCUGCUGUGGUGGAAUAAGCUUCCAACCUCCACACGAUCUGCUGAUACCAUCUCAGCAUUCAAGAAACAGCUGAAAACACAUCAUCUCCGCAAGUACUUAACCAAUCAAACUUACUAUUUAUUAAAAAAAUAAAAUCCUGGUCUGUCGCUUUCUUUUGGACUAGCAUCUUUACUACUCCAGCCGCUGUGAGAACUUGGUAAUGCGAUACUGAAGAUAUUGUUGACUUUUUUUGUGACGAAUUGCUUAUGUUCCCCAUUUGUAAGUCACUGUGGAUAAAAGCACCUGCUAAAUGACAAUGUAAAUGUAAGUAAAUCCACAAGAAAGGAUGUUUGAAUGCUCAUUCUGAAUUUUCCAAUUCAAAUUCCACUAAAGUCCUAAAUGAGGAACUUUCUUUUGUUUAUGUAACAUUUAUGUAAGUUGAUGGUUUCACUAUGCCUGUAUAGUAGGGUGACCAGAUGACUGAGACAAAAAAUCAGGACACAUCUACCAAUUAAUGGACAAUCCGUUCAAGUUGUGUAAUUUUAUUUGUUCUUCUGGAAAAUAUGUCUCAAGAUGUGGAGCUGCACUUUUCCUAACCAAAAGAAUACAUGAUCCUUUUUUCUUUUUCUUUUUUUUUUUAAAUAAACGCUUGACCGUAUUAAAUGCUUUAGAAAAACAUGCAUCAAUACGCAACUGUCAUGGUUUUAAGAACACCAUAGUGCCCUCCAAUCUUGAUGAGAAACUCCGGGCUCUGGGCUUAAACAGCUCGCUGUGCAGCUGGAUCCUGGACUUCCUGUCAAGCAGACGCCAGGUGGUUAGAAUAGGCAGCAACAUCUCCUCAUCACUGACCCUCAACACUGGAGCCCCGCAGGGCUGUGUUCUCAGCCCACUCCUGUAUUCCCUGUACACACAUGACUGUGUGGCAACACAUAGCUCCAAUGCCAUCAUUAAGUUUGCUGAUGACACGACGGUGGUAGGUCUGAUCACUGACAAUGAUGAAACAGCCUACAGAGAGGAGGUACACACUCUGACACACUGGUGUCAGGAGCACAACCUCUCCCUCAACGUCAGUAAGACAUAGGAGCUUGUGGUGGACUUAAGAAGAAAAGACAGAGAACACAGUCCCAUCACCAUCAAUGGAGCACCAGUGGAGAGAGUCAGCAGCUUCAAGUUCCUGGGUGUCCACAUCACUGAGGAACUCACAUGGUCCAUCCACACUGAAGUCGUUGUGAAGAAGGCUCAUCAGCACCUCUUCUUCCUGAGACGGCUGAGGAAGUUUGGAAUGAACCGCCACAUCCUCACACGGUUCUAUACCUGCACUGUAGAGAGCAUCCUGACUGGCUGCAUCUCUGCCUGGUACGGCAAUAGCACCGCCCACAACCGCAAAGCACUGCAAAGGGUGGUGCGAACUGCCAGACACAUCAUCGGAGGUGAGCUUCCCUCCCUCCAGGACAUAUAUACCAGGCGGUGUGUGAAAAAAGCUCGGAGGAUCAUCAGAGACUCCAGCCGCCUGAGCCAUGGGCUGUUCUCACUGCUGCCAUCAGGCAGGCGGUAUCGCAGCAUCAGGACCCGCACCAGCCGACUCCAUGAUAGCUUCUAACCCCAAGCAGUCAGACUUUUGAACUCUCGAUCUCCCACGAUCAAAUACAUCAGCACUGCACUUUAUUACUCUUACUCUUAUAUCUCACACCGGACUGUCAUAGAUUAUAUUAUUAUUAUUAUAUUAUAUUCUCUCUUAACAACUGACUACCAGCCGACAGCCUGAAUGUCAAUACAGUACAAUACAACCUACUGUACAUUCUAUAUAUACUAUAUAUUCUUUUUUUAUUGAAUAAUGUGUAUCUAUAUUGUGUGUAUUGUAUAUUGUACAGUGUAUGUUAUUUGUAUAUUGUGUUGUGUGUAAUUAUGUGUAUAUUAGACUUUAAAUUGUGUUGUGUUAAUUUGAUGUUAUUGUAAAUUGGUAUAUGUCUCAUCACUGUCACACCUGCUCACCAUUGCACUUGUGUAUAUGGCUGUGUGACAAUAAAAGUGAUUUGAUUUGAUUUUGAUUUAUGUGUUUUUGUUCAUGUUUUGUGUAAAUGUCUUUUAUUUUGGAAGUUUAGUUCCUGUUUUAUAGUCAUUUGUUCCAUGACAUGUUAUUUCCUGUUUCCCUGCCAGGUCAUGUGAUUCCCUGUUUCAUGUCAUGCGGUCCCCUGGUCAUGUGAUUUCAUGUUUCCAUCCCUGUUCAUGUGUCUUGCUUUCAUUGGUUUAUUGUCUUGUUACCUUGUUAUCAGUUCUGUCUUGUCAUUGGUUAUCAUUGUCAUGUUUCUCCCUUGUCCAUGUAUUUAAGCCUCAUGUUUGCCAUUGUCCAUUGUCAGGUAUUGUAAGUGUAACAUUGUUGGAUUGGUCAAGUCUAGUUUAGUCAAGUUUAUGUUUUGUUCCAUGUUUGGAUUUACGGUUGUUGGAUUUCACGUAUGUAAAUAAACUGCACCUGGGUUCUAACUUCAUCGUCUUCGUCAGCCUGUCUUUACCAGCAACGUUACAGCGACAGCCAGAUUUAUCUAAGGAUGUGAAGCGCAUCUUCUCAUUUCUAAUUUCUUUGACCAAAAAUUUAAGACACGGAGAACUUCAGAAACAACGAUAGUUAUUGUGCCCACAGACAGCGCAGAUUCACUGGCUUUUUACUAGCAUGUCAGUUUGCAGUGGACAAACUUUACCUGGGUAAUAAAUAAUUCUGUAAUCUUUAUUGGCACUGAUAUGCCUGUUUCGGAUGGGAUUAAAAUCAAUGAGAAGCUCUGGUAAUUAUUACAUUGCCCCACAUCCCCAUAUAAAACUAAUCUCAUCCGAAUAGGGUUUAUGACAUCACAUGGCUUGUUGAUACAGGGUUGCAGUUUUGCUGACAUUAUGUCAUAGGUUUUUAGGAAGGGGACACAUUUUCUGUUACUUGAUUACCUUCACCUGUGCUGUUUAACUAUUAUCAUCCCUCCCUGGUUUUUGGCUUCUAGCAGUUGAGAA